CCACCCAAGUACAAAUAGAAUCAACAGCCAAUGUACUUCAACUCCUGACAACCAAACCCUCACUUACAACAAACGAAGCAAACAAAGUCGUCACAAUCAUCGAUUCAAUCGUCACAAUCAUCGAUUCAAUGGCAACCACAAUGAACCAUACUGUGACUGAUGCUUUACUAACAAGCAUAAUAACCACUGUGUCCCACAUCACACACCUGCUAACAACACCAUCUAUUCUACAUGAUGUCAAUCUCCUCACGUCAUCAGUGCAACUCAACGACCAACAAAUAUAUUCCAUUCAUACGCCAACUAUGAUAGUGCAGAUCCAAGACACCAAUGCAGGCGACCUUAUAUUCUCACCCAGCCUCACCACCACCAAUACAUCUGAUGCAAAUAUCUCUCCCAUCACCGUAAACCUACCAACCCCAGCCAAUGGUAGAGCUUCAUUCAUCUUCCAUACAACAUCACAGUUGUUUCCAUCAAAGGACAAACCUGACCAUGUUAUAUCUGUGAGUUUGGGAUUAGGGAGAGUCCCUAACCUGAAACCACCGCUGGUAUACUCGUUAAACAACGAACGGACACGAUACGGUCGAGCGAACAUCCCUGGGACUUUAGAGGCUAACUACUAUAGACAACGUUGUGUGUUUUGGGAUUUUGCGACAUCUGAUUGGUCAAGUGAAGGUUGUGGACUUGAUGUUACUAAACAACCUCCAACUUGUGAAUGCAGCCACCUCACCAACUUUGCACUGCUUGUUUCGGUUAAAAAGGUUCCUGCAGACUUCGCUUUAGAGAUCGCAGGCAAAGUUGGAUGCAGCGUUUGUAUUGCAGCUUAUGUCGCAAUAAUCAUCAUAUUGUUGCUGAACAAGAAAAUAAGAAACAAAACGAGCACAAAGAUCCAGCUCCAUGUUUGCUUCAACCUCAUGGUGGCUUACUUGUUGUUUAUGAUUGGAGUCCCCAGUGUUGGCAACAAAACUACGUGCACGAUUGUAGCUGUCCUGUUGCAUUACACCUUCCUUACAAGUUGGUUCUGGAUGGGAAUCUACAGCAACAGAUUAUAUGUUUGCCUUGUUAAGGUGUUUCCUCGUCCAACCACCAACUACACAUGGAAAUCAUCUAUAUUUGCGUACGGCGUUCCGUUAAUUAUCGUGUCAAUCAACGCAGGGUUAACAUUAGGUGUCCUGGAUAAACAACGAGCUAAUCAUGACAUCAUACAAACAAGCAACCCACAAUAUCUUCCCCCAUCUUAUUAUAGAGCGGACAACGUAUGUUGGUUGCACAGUUGGUCCCUCUACUUUGGUUUCCUACUGUUCGUUGGAAUUAUUUUGUUGAAUAAUUUAGUCGUGUUUGUCUUGGUGUUAAACCAGCUUUGUUGGCGUGAGUCUGAGAUUCGAUCGAGUGCAAACAAACAGAGGAAAUCCCACAAAGUAAUGUUGGCAUGCUCCAUGAUAUUUAUGUUGGGUCUUACAUGGAUGGUUGGCUUCCUUAUGGUGUUUUCAACCAAUGUCGUUUACAAUAAAGUUACGUCGUGGUUGUUCACAAUAUGCAUUACUCUGCAGGGCAUUGUGAUGUUUUAUGUGACAUGUGUUCGUCGUAAAGAUAUAUUAACCACAUGGUGGCUCCCUAUCGGCCGAGCAUGGGCGGGCGUGUACGACUCUAUGAGGUCACAAUCGAGGGGUUUAUACGAUGUCCAAUUAAACAUCUACGAUGGAGACACGACGAGUGUGAUGAACCAACUUGAUGAUGGUGAGGUUGAGGAACAACAGGUUGAACUUACCACCUUUACGAGGGUUGGAACCUCCAAGGUCACAGAUGGUGAGUAUGGAAGGUUGGAGUGAAAAUACAUUGAAGGUGGAUAUGGUUGUUGUUACAACUUCUAGACUCAACCACUUAAGGAGUGAAGAUGCAUCAGUGGCACUGAUGUAGCCAAUGAUGUGUAAUACUAAUGUAAUGCUUGGAAAAACUUUUAAAUGAAUGCAACAUUUUGCAAAAAUGAGUAAAAUUACAGUUUUUCUGAAAUGGAAAUUAUAUACUCAGCUCAGGUUGUUCCCAGAAUUGAUGUGUUGUAAUAUCUUCUGGUUAAAACAAUAUUUGUACUUAAAGUUUAAAUGCAGUGUAAAAAGAGUUUGCGCAAAAUGGAUAUUCUGCUGUUGUUGUUAAUUAUAUAUAAUGUAAUGUAAAUUAUAUUCUGGUAAAAACUUUAAUAUUUAUUAUACCAACUGUUUCUCAUUAUCUGGCACCUUAUGCUCGCUGUUGAGUUGUGCAAUAUCAUGAUAUUUAUUCUUACAUCUUUAUUUUAAACUAUUAUUUAAAAACAGUAUUGUAGAUACUUUGCUACUAAGUAUAACGUAAUACUAGAAAUACCUAUCUCGGUAAUAUAUUAAUUCUAUCGUUUGUUAUUCCAUGAAAUUGCCCUUACCACUUAUUUCUAACAAACAAUUGCAACAAAGGGUUUAUUGUUCUCAAAUAAUAAAGAUUGUAAACUGUAUUGUUUGUUUGCAUUGU